CGUAGGACGGGCCACUCCAACUUCACUCGAACUUGUUCCCCGUACCAAACUUGAAAAGCAUUUUUCCAGUCUCGAUAUGGGCACUCAUAACAUGCGUCGUCAACCAUGGAGUUUUGCAGUUCCCACUCUCCUAUUCUACCUUUCUACAUUCGUUUUCUCAGAUUCUAAUAAUGGAAACGGCUCUCAGGCUGAAAUCUCAAUCAAUUUCCUGGAAUCAGCAAAAAGCGAGGACCUUUUCAAUUGGAUGGUCAAAAUUAGAAGGGCCAUCCACGAGAAUCCGGAGCUUGGCUUUGAAGAGUUCGAGACCAGUAGACUGAUUAGAGAUGAGCUUGAAAAACUGGGGAUUCCCUAUGCUCAUCCUUUCGCUGUUACCGGUAUAGUGGGCUCUAUUGGAACAGGAAACCCUCCCUUUGUGGCCAUCAGAGCAGAUAUGGAUGCUCUCCCUAUUGAGGAGAAGGUGGAGUGGAAGCAUAAGAGUAAAUUUCCUGGAAAAAUGCAUGCUUGUGGACAUGAUGCUCAUGUUGCUAUGCUUCUCGGUGCUGCAAAAUUACUUCAAGAACGCCGAAAUGAAUUGCAGGGGACCGUCCUUUUGGUUUUCCAACCAGCUGAGGAGGGAGGGGGAGGUGCAAAGAGAAUGCUUGAUGCUGGGAUUCUCGAGGGUGUUGAUGCCAUCUUCGGUCUGCACGUCAGUCCUAUUCAUCCUGUUGGAACGGUUGCCAUCCGUCCGGGCCCUAUAUUGGCUGGGAGUGGAUUCUUUAGUGCACAAAUUAGUGGAAAAGGGGGUCAUGCGGCUAUUCCCCAGAAUACCAUAGACCCAAUCUUAGCAGCUUCAAGCAUAAUUUUCAGUUUGCAACACCUAGUUUCACGGGAGGCUGAUCCUCUUGAUUCACAGGUAGUAACUGUAUCAAAGUUCCAAGGUGGCAGUGCAUUCAAUGUUAUACCGGAUUCUGUAACUAUAGGUGGUACAUUCAGGGCAUUUUCAAAAAAUAAUCUUGUUCAGCUUAAACAAAGGAUUGAAGAGGUUAUUGUGAGACAAGCGGCCGUUCAAAGGUGCAAUGCGACUGUUAACUUCAGUGACAAGUCCUUUUACCCACCAACAGUGAACGAUGAAUCUUUGCACAAGCACUUCUUUAGCAUAGCCGAACGCAUGGUGGGUGCUAAGAAAAUCUUGGAAAGAAAACCGACAAUGGGUGCCGAAGAUUUUUCAUUUUUCGCGGAGGCUGUUCCUGGCUAUUUCUACUUUGUUGGGAUGGCUAAUGAUACUCGGGGAGGAACCGUGCUUCCACACUCCCCCUUCUUUGAAUUGAACGAAGACGUGCUUCCUUAUGGUGCAGCUUUACAUGCAUCAUUGGCAGCAACAUACAUUCUUCGGUUACACGAAAAAUCAAAUGCGCGGGAGACCCAAUUUCAAGAUGAACUCUGAGGUGUAAAAGGUGUAAAUGUGUGUAAGUAUGUGUAUUAUUCGUGUCAGGCUUAUGUUGCAAAUCCAUCUAUUGUUCUGCACGGGAAUGUAGUGUUUAUUUUUUAUUUUGGAGUAUAUAGCUGAGUGUAGCUGAGUGAGGAGUAAAAUACAAGUAAAACAUAGAGAAAAAAAACCAAAAUAGGGAGAAUGACUCGUGUUUUUAUCCUAAAAAUGGGUUUAAAAUUUACUACUUCUGUCUCAGAGUGUUAGUCCAGUUUGACUUUUUUUGAAUCAAACUAGACGUAUUUU